UAAAUGCUUGGAUUGGGCAACUCAUACUUUGCACUUUGCAAAUAUGUAUAUGUGUAAAGGUCAUAACUCACUUGUUGUUCUCUUAAGAUAAUUGCGCAACCAUGUUCAUGGACUUGUAGUUUUGCUCCUAUGACAACCAAGUCACAAAAAACUUGGAUUAAAGUACAUUUAAAAAUACAAAACCGUUAUUUUUAAAUAAUGUAGAAAUAUUCCAUAAUAUUACUGUUUACUGUGAUUUUGAUCAAAAUAAAUGAAGCUUUGGUGAGGUUAACAGACUUCUUUCAAGAAUAUUAAAAAAAUCUUACCAACUCUAAACUUUUGCACAUUAGUUUAAGUCCGUAUGUAAAUAAUUUGAGCUUUAACUGUAAUGUUUUGGACCUUAAGUUAGCUCUUACAAUGAACUUUUUACAUGCUUAACAUCUUACAUGCUAUACAUUUUAUUUUCACAAAUAGAAAUAUUAAUAUGAUAUGAAUUAUUAAUAUGAUCUUGUAAAAUUACAGGAAAUGUUUGUCUCCUCGGAUCAGCUCUAUUUAUUGGCAGUAGGGUUGUUUUGGGGGCUUCUAUAGCACACUGAACAGCUUUCUUUUUUCCUUACAUGUUCUUAGCUUAAAUUCUGUAUCCGUUGACCAGAACACAGUCCACUUAUCGAAAAACUUUUUUGUUGUUGUAGUUGGAACUUGGCUUAAAUGUCAGGUCAUACCGAUCUUUUUAAGAAUUUUUUUUUUUUUAUAAUAGAGCGCCAAUAGUCGUGACUUUCCAGCACUGUCAACACUCGCGUCUACUCGGCCGACGCUGGUCUUUUAGUUGUUUCGGACUUUCGGUAACGCACCUAAAAACAAGGGGUGAUAGGGCGUUCUCUUCUCUUCAGUUGCCCCAAAGUUAUGGAAUUCUCUGCCUUCCGAAAUGAGAAAUGCACCAUCCUUGAAAAUGUUUGAAUCUUUACUUAAAACGUAUUAUUUUAAGGAAGCAUUUGGGUGAAAUAUGAUUUUUAUGGUUGCUUAUGUGAUGUAGGCUAUUGUAUGGUUUUUUUAUGCCUUGGAUACUAUUUAAAUUGUUUUUAGGUUUGUAAAAUUGUUUGUAAUACUCUCUGUAUUGUGUUUAUCAUGCUAAUUUUAUCUAUCUUAAUUUUGCUUAUGCGAGCGCUCUGAAAUUUUACUUUUAAAAGCGCUACAAGCGUUAUUAUUAAUAUUACUCUGCGCGCAGCUGUGACGUCAGAGCGUUAUUGCGCGCGCUGUCUCCGAGUCCGCGAGGUUUCGCGCGUUCACACGUCUCACAUUUUCGCAACUUCAGCAAAAAUGAAUAACUUCGAGAGAAUAUUAGCGGAAGGAUCACUCUAUGAUCCGAGUGUGCGCGAUCAAAGUGACCUCCAGUGUAUUCAGAAAGCGUGGACCGAAGUCGCUGCUGGCGCGGGAAAAGACGAAGCAGAAUGCCGUAAAGUGUGGAAGAGUUUAAGAGACAAGUUUGUGAGGAUCAAGAAGAGGGUCCACGCAAGACGCAGUGAUCCAAGUCCUUACACGAUCAUAACAGAGCUGGGAUGGUUAACUCAAUUUGUUAAACAUCGGGGAACAGCCCCAAAUGUGAAGGAUUUCCGUAAAGUAUUCUCCGUUGAGGAACUAGUGAAGACAAACAGUUUCCCAAUCUCUCUGGCUUCAGGGACAUCGGAGACUGUGACUUCCGGCAGCCCUUUACCUCUGUCCCUCAGGCCAUCAUCGCCUCUUCCACUCGCCCCAUCUACUCCUCUUCGACCCUGUCCGUCACCCAAACGCAGCCCCUCGCCUUGUUCAAUUUCAGUUUUCCCUGCCCCAAGCAUCUCCCCCUGUUCCGAUGCCUCGCCAUCUUCCACUGACAUAGUACCUCAGAGAAAGUCUGCCACUGAAUAUGCCUCGCUGAGGAGACUGGAGCAGCUGGACUGGGAGAAGGAGAGGGCCAUGCAGCAGGACAGUGAGGAUCUCAGAUUCGCUGCUGUCAUUGCAGACAUGUUGGCAAAAAUCAAUCCUCAGCUGAAGUCUGAGGUUAAGUUCAAGAUCUAUCAAAUACUGUAUGAGGCUGGGCAAAAAAAACACACGUAACAGAUCAUUUUUUUACUGAGACUAACAUUGACAAUUGUUUAUAGGA